GUCUGGGUAAAACAUCGGAGGGUACAAUGAUUCCUGAGGAUUACCUGAAGGAGCAGUAUGCCUGCACCAUCAACUACACAGCGAUGACAACAGCAGACAUGUUGGUUGACAGAAACACUGAGCUGUACAGGGUCAUGAGAGCUGUGUUUGGUUAGACAUGUCAGUUUAGGCGAAACGUUACAAGUUCAGUAUCAAACUUCAUUCCUUCAUUCUCUCCAGCUGUCUCCAGCUGUGGAAAGCAGUGCCAAUAUUUCGCCUCUGUUUCUAUCACUUAUCUUCUCUUGAUGUUAGCAUGCUAACCAGCUAGCCCAGUCACUUUCAGAUAGCAACUCACUGAAACGUCCAGACCUGCCCUGUAGCUGGCUGGGUUACUGGUUUACUGACUAAUGUUAGCUAAUGCAGACUCCUCAAAGUGAUAUAAAGAUGCACAUGUUGUAUCCUGGAAAUAUCCCUGAUAUUAUUAUAUACAGCACAAUUUAUCAGACUGGUUGUUUUAUGAAAAACAAUGUUUAAAGUAAUAAAUGCUGUAGUUGUGUAGGCAAAGAUAAAAAUGAUGAAAUUAUAAACCACUUAUUCAAUUGUACAAAUCAAAUCUACAAAUAUUGAGUAGUAUUUUAUGUGUGCUCUUUAAUUUCUUUAAUUUUAUUUUGGAUUCUGUUCACACUGAGCUUUUUAUUGUGGUAAUUUCUUUACUUAGCUUCAGUUUACUAUCAAACUUUCAGCCACAUAAACAGAGCAGUAAUGAAAAGAAUCCCAGAUUCAUUGAGUAGCUCAACUUCCUCCUGAGUGUCAUCUGCUGCUCAAACACCAGAUGGCAGCAGAGUUCAGUCGGAUUCAACCACAGACCAUCACAAAGGUCAAACUGAACAUAAAUCAAUUCACUAAAUGUAUGAAAUGUAUGUGUAAUUUAUGAUGAUUUAUGAUAUUUAAUCACAAUAAAAAUGUUAAACUUGAACUGUGUUUGUGUCAUUGGAGCAGAUUUAUAUGAGACAAUAAGUCAGAGAUAAAAUUAAAAAAAACUACUAUUACUCCAAAAAAGUUCAAUAAUUAUAUUAAUAAUUAUUUUUUCUCUUCUUUCACAUCCAUUCACAACAAAAUGGUUACAAAGAGCAUGAAUAAAAAUUUCCCUUUUCAUUAUCACUGUCAAUGAAUCUAUAGAAGAGGAGAAUUACCACAUUUCCCAUGAUCCUUUGCUAUUAAGAUAAUAUAAGUGCCACACUGGGGAAAUUGACACUAGUACAAUUUACACUAGUAUUUGUAGUAACAUACUGCAUCUAAUAAUGUGUGUGUGUGUGUGUGUGUGUGUGUGUGUGUGUAUAUAUAUAUAUAUAUAUAUAUAUAUAUAUAAUUGGACAAAGCAACAGUUUCUUUUCUGUGUUCUCAGUUGUCGUCAUAGGAUGUGGUGGCAACAUGAACACUUCCUGAAACAAGAUGCAGCAGCAGAGCAGACGGUCUCAGACUGACUCAGUUAAAACGGUACUGCUGUGAUGGGUUAAAUCCUUGGAGCCAGAGAUUUAUCCUGAUUUCGGGAGGGAGAAACGAUGGCGACAGCGAUUGUGUUGCUGGAAACUUUGGAGGAUUUAGGAGAUAGAGAGCUAAAAAAUUUCAAGUGGUACCUGCAGCAGGCUGAGUUCCUGAAAGACCUCCCAUCAAUCCCAAAGAGCCAGCUGGAGAAGGCAGACAGGCCAGACACAGUGGAUCUGAUGGUCCAGACCUACAGACAUCAGUGUGUGGAGGUGGCCAAGAGGAUUUUAAAGAGGAUAAGGAGGAACGACCUGGUGGAGAGCUUAUCAAACACUGGCUCAGGACCUGAAGGUCACAGUCGUCACCUCUACAAUCCAACACAUCGUACCAGCUCACUGAUGCAGUCCGACCUCCAGAACAUGUUCAAGUGUGCAAAAGACAGCUGGAUUGAGAAUAAGUAUGAAGAGUUUCUGUCCGAUAUGAAGCCACAGCUGUUCAUCACAGAGAAUUGGGAAGCACAAGCCAACUCACAGCAGGAGGUCAGAAAGUUCGAGAUGGAGACAGGAAAACCAGCAGAAUCACAGAGACCAAUUAAACCCAGCGACAUCUUCAAGCACCCGUUCAUACGAACAGUACUGACCAGUGGGGCUGCAGGAAUUGGAAAAUCAUUGCUUGUACAGAAGGUUCUGUUAGACUGGGCUGAAAAAAGAGCCAGUCAGAAUUUGCACCUUAUUUUCCCCUUCUCUGUCCAGCAGCUGAAUUUAUGGAGAGGAGAAAGGUUUCGAUUGGCAGAGCUCAUUCACACGUGUAUCCCAGAAACUAACUGCAUUAUGAAGAGACAGCUUGAUGACAUCUUUACAACUUUACAGAAGACAGGAAAGAAAAAGAAAGAAAGUGAAUUCAAACUUCUGUUUGUGUUUGAUGGACUCGACGAGAGCCACCUCUGCCUGGACUUCAUGGGCGAAACAAACCAGACUCUUGAUGUGAGAAAAUCCACAACAGUAGAAGUGCUGCUGACAAACCUCAUCAGGGGGAAACUGCUUCCCUCUGCUCGCCUCUGGAUAACCACACGACCUGCAGCAGCCAAUCAGAUCCCUCCUGAGUGUGUUGACAUGGUGACAGAGGUCAGAGGGUUCACUGACCCACAGAAGGAGGACUACUUCAGGAAGAGGUUCAGAGAUGAGGAUCAGGCCAGCAGGAUCAUCUCCCACAUCAAGACCUCACGAAGCCUCCACAUCAUGUGCCACAUCCCAGUCUUCUGCUGGAUCACUGCUACAGUUCUGGAGGAUGUGUUGAAAACCAGAGAGGGAGGAGAGCUGCCCAAGACCCUGACUCAGAUGUACAUCUACUUCCUGGAGGUUCAGACCAACAAAGCAAAAAAGAAGUAUGUCCCAGAAAUGUGCAUCCACUACCUUCACUUACUGGCAAAACUGGCUUUUCACCAACUACUGAGAGGCAACAAGGUCUUUAAUGAGGAAGACCUGAAACAUGCAGGCAUUAGUAUCAGAGCAGCCUCAAAGUAUUCAGAGUUAUUCCCAGAUAUCUUCAAACAGGUGUGUGGGCAGAGGAAGGAUGAAGACCAAAGAAAGAUGUUCUGCUUUGCUCAUGUGACCAUUCAUGAGUUUCUGGCUGCAGUUCAUGUGAACACAUCACUCUUCAAAUACAACAAAAAUGUGAUGCCUGCACCAAGACAGACAGUCCAAAGACUGCGGACGUGUUUCAGCAAAACAUCAGCAACAGCCGUCUACAAAAGUGCAGUGAACAGGGCCUUACAAAGUCCAACCGGACAACUGGACCUGUUCCUCCGCUUCCUACUAAACCUCUCUCUGCCGACCAAUCAGAAUCACCGACGGGGCUUCCUGACACUGAUGGGAGGACGUUCACAGACCAACCUGAAAACAAAUAUGUACAUCAAAAAGAAGCUCAGGGAGAAUCUGUCUCCGGAGAAAAGCAUCAUUCUGUUCCACUGUCUGAAUGAACUGAAUGAUCGUUCUCUAGUGGAGGAGAUCCAAGAGUCCCUGACAUCAGGACGUCUCUCCACAGAUAAACUGUCUCCUGCUCAAUGGUCAGCUCUGGUCUUCAUCUUACUGUCAUCAGAAAAAGAUCUGGACGUGUUUGACCUGAAGAAAUACUCUGCUUCAGAGGAGGCUCUUCUGAGGCUGCUGCCAGUGGUCAAAGCCUCCAACAAAGCUCUGCUGUCAGGUUGUCUGAUCACAGAGGAGGGCUGUGCUUCUCUGGCCUCAGUUCUGAAGUCCAACCCCUGCCAUCUGAGAGAGCUGGGCCUGAGUAACAACAAUCUACAGGAUUCAGGAGUGAAGGAGCUGUCCUCUGGACUGGAGAGUCCACACUGUAGACUGGAGACUCUGAGUCUGUCAGGCUGUCUGAUCACAGAGGAAGGCUGUUCUUCUCUGGCCUCAGCUCUGAGAUCCAACCCCUCCCAUCUGAGAGAACUGGACCUGAGCUACAAUCAUCCAGGAGACUCAGGAACAAAGCUGUUGUCUGCUGGACUGGAGGAUCCACACUGGAGACUGGACACUCUCAGGUUGGACCACGGUGGAGAGCAGAGGCUAACACCUGGUGUGAGGAAGUACGCCUGUGAAUUGGAACUGGAUGUAAACACAGCACACAGAGACAUCAAACUGUCUGACAACAACAGGAAGGCGACAUGGGUGACAGAGGAUCAGUCAUAUCCUGAUCAUCCAGACAGGUUUGAGUGGUGUCCUCAGCUGCUGUGUAGAACUGGUCUGACUGGUCGCUGUUACUGGGAGGUCAAGUGGAGAGGAGACAUCGACAUCGCAGUGAGUUACAGAGGAAUCAGAAGGAAAGGAGACCGUAGUGACUGUUUGUUUGGAUGCAACAAUCAGUCCUGGAGUCUGAGGUGCUCUGUGAUUCAUGGGUACUCGGUCUGGCACAAUAACACAAAGACAACUAUCUCCUCCUCCUCCUCCUCCUCCUCCUCCUCUGUCUCUCACAGAGUAGCAGUGUAUGUGGACUGUCCUGCUGGCUCUCUGUCCUUCUACAGAGUCUCCUCUGACUCUCUGAUCCACCUCCACACCUUCAAGACCACCUUCACUGAACCUCUGUAUCCUGGGUUUGGGGGUAACUGUAAGUUUGGGGGUAAUAACUUGAUGGACGUUAAGUCCUCAGUGUCUCUGUGUCGGCUGUAAACAGGCAUCAGGAGACGGUUCACUGUGGUCAUAAAGGGAUGGACAUGGUCAGCAUCAAUCUUCACAUCUUCUGCAGACCUUGGUUGUAACCAGUGGUUAUCUGAGUAACCUUCACCUUCCUAUCAGCUCCAAGCAGUCUGACCUCUGACAUCAACAGGACACCACGUCUACAUGACUGAACUGAGCUGCUGCCAUUGGCUGAUCAGAUAUUUGCCUUUAUGAGCAGUUGAACAGGUGUACCUAAUAAAGUGGUCGGUGUAAUAUACACAGUGUUGGAAAAAGACUAACUCACUGAUAAUGGACAGAAAAUGAUCCUGAGCUGAGAAUAGAGAUAGUAAAUUACUGUAAUAUAAUGUACACUGCACAUUAAGAUGCUAAACAGUCACUGGAUAUUAAACAGAGUUGUAUAUAAGAAUAAAUGAAUAAUUUACUUUAUGUAUAUUUACAUUUACCUCAUUCCUGUGGGUCCACACAGACGCUAAACACCACAUGAUCCGUUUGAGUCUGAAAAGGUCUGAGGUCUGAGAAGAAAUGUUGUGUUUGAAACUAAAUCCUACCUGUCUGUUAGUGACUCACCUGUGGAGAGGACGUCACCUGGAGAGGACGUAGAAGACAUGAAGCUCCAGCAGGACAUCUCCUCCUCCGUCUUCCUGUGAUGAAGACAAAAUGUCCGUCAGCUCAGUCACUUCAAACCACACACUGUGUUCACUGUAACAGCAGCUCUGUGUGUACAGUGGUGACAUGAGGAGGCACAGUAUAUACAGCAGAUAGGAGCUUCAAUAUCUGUAUGAUUCAGUGAGUUAAAUUCGCUGAUUUCACUGUGAUCAGCUCCUGUUGUCAGUGUCUCCACUGAUGUUCAGACAAUUCUGUUUCACUGUGACACUGAAGGAAAGUUAAAAACAGGAGGAUUCUGAACGAAGUUCUGCAGAGACGAGGAGCGUCUUUUUCUACUCACGUUUACCGACGUUCGUUCAGGACGUCAGAGAUAAUGACGUCUACAGGAAGCGGAAAUCACGCUGAAUUUAAAAACACGUGUUUCAAGUCUGUGUUUACACCUGAGCAGCUGAUGACUUCCUGUUAGCACCAACACACACUAACAAACAAACAGAUGAUAAGCAGGGAGCUAACGAUGCUAACAGUAUAAACACACUCAUUAUUUACCUGGUGCAGGUGACAGGAAGUCAUCCAGCAGCAGGUUUCUCUCUGUAUGUGACUGUGACUCCUCCAGGCUUCACACCACCGAGCUGGACUGACCUCAGCGUCCCCUCCACCUGUCCACCUGUGCACCUGUGCACCUGGACAGGUGAUUGGACUGUUCAGUACAUUUUAAAACAGCUGAGAAAUGUCCUUAUUGAACAAACAGCAGAGAAUCUGAAUCAGUUCAUGUGUCCAGGUAUUGAUUCUGUAUGAGAUCUAUCAAUACUAUCAA